AUGGCUUUUACAUUCGCUGCUUUCUGUUAUCUGUUUGGAUUAAUUGCAAUUGCUUUCUGCAUUUUCUUCGCAAUCUAUACGGUUAUUUGUAUUGACGAAUUAAGAACGGAUUACAAAAAUCCAAUAGAUCAAUGUCGUAGUAUGAACCAGCUUGUCUUGCCAGAAUAUGGCAUUCACUCCUUUGUAUUUUUCUUUUUCGUUCUUUCAAUGCAACUUUUUGCUAUCGUUUGGAAUCUUCCUUUGUUUGCCUACCACAUCCACCGUUAUAUUAAGCGACCAAUAAUGCGUGGACCUGGAAUUUAUGACCCGACAACAAUAAUGAAUCACGAUCAAUUGUCAAAAAUAAAUAGAGAAGGUUGGGUUAAAAUGGGCUUUUAUUUGCUUUCGUUUUUCUAUUAUCUCUAUGCGUAUGUUUUUAAUUUUUUGCAAAAUUAUUAUUUGGCAAUUUAA